GUUGCAAACGACGGUUUAAUGGCGGCCUUCAAUCGCCGUAGCUGUGAUAAACUUCUUUGGUGAUAAACCGCAUAAAUGAUGAACCCGUUUUUGCAUGCCAGUGUUUGUGUCUGAAAGGGUAGAAAGUUUUGUUUUUAACUGAGGUGCUCUAAAGCAAAGGCCCAAUCCAUUCGGAGACAUGAGAAGCAAAAGUUGGCUUCACUGUGUUAGAACAGCCCGGCUGUUCUCGCAUUCUUCUGAAAAUUCAUUUCAAAAGCUGCAGACGGGAAAGAAUGGAUCUGAAUAUAUUGCCUAUAGGAAAUUCGUGCCAUCGUGUCCAUCCAAAAAUGUUGGUGUAAUGUUUUGUCAAGGAUUUAUGUCAAAUAUGAAUGGGACAAAGUCGUUAUUUCUAGAGAGUUAUUGCAAAGAGAAGCAUAUCAAUUUUGUUACUUAUGACUACCUUGGUCAUGGAAGUUCUACUGGGAAAUUCGAAGAUUUCACAGUUGGUUUGUGGAAAAGAAAUACACUAGAAGUUCUGAAUAAAGUAGCUGAAGGUCCCCAAAUUCUUGUGGGGUCAAGCAUGGGUGGUUGGAUAAUGUUGCUUGCAGCCAUAGAAAACCCAUCUAAAAUACAAGGACUUGUUGGAAUGGCAGCAGCUCCAGAUUUGAUGUACCACAGAUAUGAAAGCAUUUCUGAUCAGGAGAAAAAUGAGCUCAGCGGAUCAGGUUACUUUCUUUUACCUUCAGAUUUUGCAGAACAGCCUUUAAAGCUUCCAUUUAGGAUUAUAACUGAUGCAAAGGAGCAGCAAGUGUUGAAUAAAAAGGAAAUAUGCUAUGAUGGACCAGUUCGAUUAAUUCAUGGUGUAGAUGAUAGUACAGUUCCAUACUCAUAUUCUAUGACAAUAUCUGAAAAACUCAGGUCUACAAAUGUUUCUGUACAUCUUAUAAAAGAUGGAGAUCAUCAAUUGUCAAGAAAUAGUGACCUGAAAUUUCUUUCAAAUGUUCUGGAUCAGUUGAUAUUUAGUUAAAAGUAACUGUUGGAUCUUUUUGUUAUGAGUGGACUUAGGUCAGGUCAAAUUGUUACCUUACCUGAGGAAGAUAACUGCCCUAAAUUUCUUGAUCUCAUUAUAUGAACAUCAAUUUGACUCUUGCUGACAAAAUCUUAAAAUUGAGACAGUAAAUCCUUAAUAAUUUCUUUGCUGCUUAAAAAAGCAGAAUCUUUAAAACGUUUCUGCUUAGAUGUCAAAUGUAAAGGUUUAAAAAAUUGAAAGUCUUUCAAGAAUUUGUAAUGAAAAUACUUAUUGAUACUUUGAAUUUAAUUGCAUCAAAAACUUGUAAUUGGAAGGGAUAAAUAAGAAGCCAAGUAUCUGUUGAUACUCAUACUCAACCUCCUGUCACUUUCAUUGUGACAUAUAAAUUCUUGAAUGAAUUCAAAAAUGUGCUUAAGCUUUUGGUCAGACAGUUUUCUCAUUACUGACAUUUUAAACUAUUGCCAAAAAUCUGCUCUUAAAUUUCAUGCUACCUUUGCUCCAUCCUUCUUUUUGCUAGAAUGCAAACAAUAUCAUAUAGGCUUGUGGGUAAGCUGCUGCAAAGUAUAUAAGCCUUUAUGGAAGGAAAGAGAGGUGGGGAACUCAGAAAUAUUGGUCUAGUGCUUCGUGGAUGCCCCAAACAAUAUAAAUAUGAGAUACAAGAUACAAAUCAAGAGAUCUAUCAUCGCUUGUGACAGUCAAAGAAGCAAAGCCUUUGAUAUCACAAAACUUGAAAUUAGCACAGAAAUAGUAGCAAAUGACUUGACUCUGGUCUGUGUUUUGAUAAGUGAAAAAAAAUUCAAUUUAUUUGUAUCCUAAAAAUUCAGUCUGUGUUCAUAUAAUCAAGAAACAGAUAAGAAAGGAAGCAUUGCACCUCAAUGUUUGUGAAUGUAUGGCAAAUAAAAAAUGGGAAUUUCACAAGU